CUGAAUCAUAUUUAAACCUUUUAGACAUUCAUUCUAAAUGUGAGAUUAUUCUGAUUGCCAAACGUAUUUCAAGGAAAUAUAUUAACAUGAAACUUUAUGGAUUUGCGCUGUUUUGGAUACUAGCUGUUCUCUUUGUGGAACAAUCAAAUGGUUGCGGACGAUCUAGUGAGAGAUGUUACGGUAGUUCCGCAGGAUACGGAUUCUAUUUUGGAACAACUAACCUUGCUUGUUUUAACAGAGGGAAGAGGUCUCCUAGCAUAUCAACCAUCAGACUAACCCAUCGAUAUCUAUACUAUCGUGGAUAUUACUAUGAAUGGACUGGUGUGGGUGGAAAAGCUAUCGGUAGAACGGAAGGAAUGACAUUAAUCGGUACAUCACCAUAUCGAUCACAUUGUAACUCUGAAACUGAUUAUCCCGCUGCAGGAUAUGGAGUUCUCAGUUCAACAUGUGUCAAAGGAUGUGCAAAGUAUUUUCAGGCAGCAUAUUACUUUAAUGGGUUGAGCAAAAACUGUCAUCAUUUUGCUAACUGGUUGGCAAAUAUUUUGUGCACUAGGUCCACCUGCCCUUCUUACUGUGUUAGAUAUCAAUAUGGCUAAAGUAAAAUAGUGUUCUAUAUAUUUGAAAGCGAAUACUAUGUUUAACGAAAGAACACCAAUUACAGUUAAAUAAAAUUAUGCUGUCAUUUUAUAAUUUAUGCAUAUGUAUAUCCAGUAAUAUUCUACACAAGUGAAUACCAAUAAUAUAUUAUUAUAUAUAUAUAUGUUUAGCUUUGUAAUACAGCAUUGUUGUUUUUAUUUUCUCAUAAUAUUUAGUAAAGCUUUAUUUAAAUAUGUAUAUCCACAUUCAUAUAUUGAAAACAUAUAAAGCUAUCCUCAAAGUAAAACGCAUAAACAUUUAACACAUAUUACUAAUGUAUGUGAAAAAGAGUUUUCUAUAAAUGUGGACAGUGUAAAAUUUUAAAAGAAAUUGUUAACAUGUAAUACAGUUUUGUUGUUAUAUAAAAUAAAUCGAAUCUUAUAAAACAGUUUUCUUUUGAAUAUUUAAAGAGUGUACAUGUUCUUACUUAAAAUCCUAAAUAUUAAUAUCUUUUCCCUUCUAUUUUACCAUGAACGUUCAAACUAAGGGAGCUACCAUUUGAUUUUUAGGAUGAAAUUUUGAAAAAAAUAGGCAGGACAGGAGUUUUGAGUAAAAAAUAAAAGGCAGGAUGAGACACUUUGCAAACAAAAAAUUUAUGUAAAAAAAAAGUCAGGAUAAACUAAAAAAAAAAAGGUAGGACCGAAUAGAGUGAAAAAUUAAAAGGCAGGACAGAGAUAACGACUAAAAGAUAAAUGCAGGACAAAAUUGUUCAUCCUAGCCCCCUCAUAAAAAUCAAAUGGCAGCUCCCUAAGUAUUGAAACAAAUCUUCCUCUGUCCUUUCAUGUGUACAAAAAAAGAGUAUUUGAAAACUGAAAAGCCAGUUAACUGCCUCUAAAUUUUCGGUUAUAAAUGUUAUUGACAGAAUUCUAAAAUGAAUACAUGUAGUCUCCAAUGAUGAAUUUCGUGUCUCCUAAAUCAUGAUAUUUCAUGGUCCUUCUUGAAUAAGUUUGCGAACAUUUAGUUUCCAACUCCAAAGCUAUAAAGCAAUACCAAUUUUGCUGUUCGGAUGAAUAUACAGGAGAAAGGCGGAAGAUAUCAAAGGGAUAUUCAAACACACAAGUCGAUGACGAACGGAAAACGUCAUGGCAAAAAAAAACAAAAAUCGACCAGAAGACAAACAACAGUAUACAAAACACAACACAAGGUACGCUAAUACAUGUAUUAACUAGCUAUAAAACCAGGUUGAACCCACUGUUUCUUAAGAAAAGUAAUGUACCAAGUCAAGAUUCGUUUCGCUGGUUCAUAUAGUCAAGCGUUCGAUUUGGUCAGUUUUCAUGAACUUCCCCCUUUUUGUAUUUACCUUACAGUUUGGUACGUUUGUUAAUACUUUUAUUUAUGCAAUAAUGAUUAUAUAUUUUGUAUGCAUAUAUCGAAAAAUUAUAAAUUCAUAUUGUUAUUCAAAUUCUUAAUUGCUAUUGUCAUUCAUGGCAUAUGAUAAUGUAUCAGGAGCUGCAAAACAAAUACCCGGUAUAUAUUUUGUACAUUUUGUAUUUUAAUUUUAGUUGUAAUAUAUGUAGUGACUUCUUCUGAAAAACUUUGCUUUUAAUUUUACAAAUAGUUCAAUAAAAUACUGUGUAAUAUAUAAAUCAAUAAAACUGUAUGUAUUAGU